CUCCAUCAGCCCCGUGCCUCAGCAGCAGCAGCAGCAGCUCCUCAGACAUGGAGAGCUGGUAGACGCGCAGCAGCAGCGGCCGCUCUCCCCUCCUCCUCCUCCUCGCUCCGGUGGAUGUUGGAUGUACCAUGAGGUCUCCGCGGCUCUGGGCAGCUCUGUGCCUCCUCCUCACCGCCUCCUGCCGGCUGUGCGCGGCCGCCCGACACGGUUGUUUGUUUGAGAAGAAGCUCUGUCCCAGAGAUCAGCUGUGCAACGACGAUGGUCUUUUUGGACAGUGCCAGGCUCCUCACCAGGGGCCAGUCCAGUACAAGGUGUCUGUACAAGUCCUGCACAAACUGCAGGAAGUCCUCAAAGACCUGAUGGUGCAAGGCCUGACCUGGAGGGACGACGUCACCCAGGCGAUCAUUGAGCGAGAGCUGAGCCGCGUUCCCACUGUGGACUCCUCCUCCAAACUUCAUGAGAAGCCUCCCAAACAGUUGUCCAGACAGUCGGGCCCCAGUCAGCGGAGGGUUCAGGGGCGCGAGGAUCCAGCUGACCCCGAGAUGAUGCAGCAGUACGUGGACUACAUGAUCCUCGACCCCUCCAGGUCCUCCGUCCACAUGCAGACGCCCCUGCUGGACCCUUACAGUUACCACCAGCAGCAGUUCGGCUACCAGGAGGAAGAGGAGCGCUCCCUCAACUCUCUGGACGAUAAUCCAGCCUUCCCGCUCCUCGCCUCCAGACCCAGAGGAAACCCUCUGGACAGAGGCCGGCAGCUCCUCCAGGACCUAGGGUCCUUUUACCUCGCCCCCCCUUCAUCCUCUUCUUCUUCCUCCUCCUCCUCUUCCUCCCCUACGCAGUCCCUCUCCCGCCACAGGGGGGCAGCAGGAUUUCCCUCCUCAUCGUCCCCUUCCUCCUCCUCCUCCUCGCCCUCCUCCUUCUUCCCGGAGCUGGACUUCCCGCUGGACUACGGCGAGGACUACGUUUCCCAGAUGGCCCAGCUCAGCAAGCAGCAGCAGCAGGCGGAGAAGAAGGCGCAGCAGGAGUACGACGCCUUGUCAGGACUGGAUGAGCGCUCUCUGCAGAGGUUGGCUCUGCUGCUCGAUCACUACGGCCUCGACAUGAAGGAUUUGUCCCCCGAGCAGACAGACAAGCUGCCGGCGGCUCUGAAGCAGCUGCAGCUGGACGCCUCGUAUGGCCACAAACAGACCAAAGAUAAAUAUGGGAGCGCCGCCGCCGCAGGAAAGAAGCUCACGGAGGGUUCCAUGGCGUACAAGAUGGCCGGCCCCAAGGCUCCACCCUCCACCGCCACGCCCCCCAAGCCAGCAGAAGUCCAGAAGGACUCGAGCGCAGCCGCCAAUCGGGACGAACUGAGGAAGAAGGAGCCGCCGCCCCAGACAGAGGAGUACGGCUACAUUGUCACCAAUCAGAGCCCCCUCAGUCUGAACGAUGGGGUGCACCUGUUGGAGCGUCUGUCAGAGAGGAUCGGCCUCUCCACUGGUUCCUUCAUCAACAUCAGUGUGGUCGGACCUGCAAUCACCUUCAGGAUCAGACCGAACUCCAAGAACAUGACAGCUGGUGAUGUGGCAGGGAAAGCCGUUGCAGAGAAUAACUUACUGGAGUCUGAGACGGGCCUGAAGGUGCUGCAGGGUGGAGCUGGAGAGAGGAAUGAUGGGAAGGCGUUGCCCCUGGCGACCCGAGUGCAGCCCGGCUCCCGCUGGGUGUUCGCCACACUGGUGGCCAUGGCCUGCAUCGGCGGCAUCCUGGUGGCGGCCAUGACCAUCGCCUGCCUGCGUCACCAUGCCCACCGGCUGGCAGCAAAGAAGCUGGGUCUGGGACCAGAAGGGGGCAGCUUCAGCCACCAGGAGUACCAGGACCUGUGUCGCCAGCACAUGGCCUCCAAAGGUGCCUUUGGACGCCUGGAAGCUGCUGCCCUUGGCGCUGUGGGAGGAGCAAGUGGAGGAGGAGGAGGAGGAGGAGGAGGUGGUGCAGGAGGAGGCAGCAUCGGGGGAGGAGGAACGGGAGCAGCAGGAGGCACCGACUCAAGGGUGAGCAGCGUGUCGUCCCAGUUCAGCGAUGGAGCCCAGCCCAGCCCGAGCUCCCACAGCAGCACGCCGUCAUGGUGCGAGGAGCCGGCACAGGCCAACAUGGACAUCUCCACCGGUCACAUGAUCCUGGCCUACAUGGAGGACCACCUGAGAAACAAGGACCGUCUAAUGAAGGAGUGGGAGGCUCUGUGCUCCUACCAGGCCGAGCCCAGCACCGUCUCUGUAGCUCAGAGCGAAGGCAACAUCAAGAAGAACCGCUGCCCCGACUCUGUUCCCUACGACCACUCAAGGGUGAAGCUGAAGGUGGAGAUCAACCCAUCACGCUCUGACUACAUCAAUGCCAGCACCAUAAUUGAGCACGACCCCCGGAUGCCGGCCUACAUAGCCACCCAGGGGCCCCUGUCACACACCAUCUCGGACUUCUGGCAGAUGGUUUGGGAGAACGGCUGCACUGUGAUUGUGAUGAUGACGGCUCUGGUGGAGGAUGGGGAGAAACAGUGUGACCGGUACUGGCCUGACGAGGGCUCAUCCCUCUACCACAUCUAUGAGGUGAACCUGGUGUCGGAGCACAUCUGGUGUAAUGACUUCCUGGUGCGCAGUUUUUACCUGAAGAACGUGCAGACACAGGAGACCAGGACGCUCACUCAGUUCCACUUCCUCAGCUGGCCAGCUCAGGGCAUUCCCACCUCCACACGCCCCCUGCUGGACUUCCGCAGGAAGGUGAAUAAAUGCUACCGAGGACGAUCCUGCCCCAUCAUUGUGCACUGCAGCGAUGGUACAGGCCGGACUGGAACCUACAUCCUGAUUGACAUGGUCCUCAAUCGUAUGGCUAAAGGUGUCAAAGAGAUCGACAUCGCCGCUACAUUGGAGCAUAUCAGAGACCAGAGGCCUGGGAUGGUUUGCACCAAGGACCAGUUUGAGUUUGCCCUGACAGCCGUAGCGGAGGAGGUCAACGCCAUCCUGAAAGCUCUGCCCCAGUGAAACCAGUGCUACCUGGACCAGUAUCCUGUUCGACAGACCGCCCCCUGACCCUCGCACUCACAUUUCUAUCUUACCUUGCCUUUUCUUUCUAUGGUGGUGGUGAUGAUGAUGAUGAUGAUUAUCAAGAUGAAGAAAGAUGUUGUGCCUCUUUAUAGAGAUUCCUUGAAACAUAAAGGUGAUGUCAGAAAAUGUAAAAACAACUUACUAUCAGGCGACUUUAAAGUCAGGAAGGAUCUACACAGGCAUCGUUACAAUUCAGAUCUGAUUUUUAAGUAUUUGCGGCACAGAUAUGAUGUGUUCAGGGACUUUCAGAGGGUAAAAAGUGUUCAUCCACAGCUAAUCUGAAUAGAAAUUACACCAGGAAGAUCAAAGAAGUAAUUAAUUACAUUUAAUAGAAAGAACUGAAAAAGGAGCACAAACCAUCACAUGUAAACACCUUGUAAUCCUUCUGGAGCCAAUUUCAAAAUACACAAAUCUUACCAAGAACAAAUAACCACAAAAUAUUUUUACUGAAAAGCUCCAGGCUUUGUGGACAUGAAUGAGACACGAGUGAACGCAGCUGGUUUUCUCAGCUUGUCUCAACAUGACAUACAAAGUAUUGUUCUGACAAAUGAAACACACUGAGUGACUCCAGAGGGCGUUUCUAACGUGACCAUCAUGCCACAUAAAUAAAACAGCUGGCAUUUCCCAGCCUCAGUGUGUUUUGUGGACCCUCUGUGGAUUUAAACGUGAUAUUUUAUUUCAGCCUGUGCAGAUCCAGCCUGAAGUUCUGGCAGCUACUGAAGCCAGAUUCAAGCGAAAAUCCAAUUUUUCCUCUUGUAUGUGGUUGAAGUUUGUUGAAACUGUGCUGCUGUUGGGUCAUCAUGUUGGUUUUGGUGUCUUUAAGGAAGCAAAAUUGUAAAAAAAAAAAAAAAAAAAGGCAAAGCAUCAAAAGCUUGUAUGAAUUGACUCCUAAAAUAUGAAGUGGAAAAAGGGUUGGCACAUUAAAGAUCCUGAUCUCUGGUUGCCAUGAUUUAACCCGCUGCUUCCCUCCCUCUCCUCACAUGACCGACACCUGCAGAAAAUACAAACGCCCAUCUCUUUGUGUGCCAUUCAGAUCAUCUGAAGUCACUGGAUAUAUUGUCGUAUACCUCACGCAAGUCAGAAAAUGAACUAAAAAAAAAAAAAAAAACCAUGAAAUGCUAUUUUGUAUAUGAGAGACCUUAAAUAAAUCUUUUCGUGUUUAAGUGCUGCAA